AUGCAUGGCUUAAUAAAACUUCCUGUUCCAGUUUUGGAAACUAGCACAUGUAAUGUAACUCCAAACUCUAUUCAUGGUAGAUUCCUGAGACAAAUCAGUUUGUAUUUACUUGAUGAAGCAUCUAUGAUACCCAAAUAUGCUUUGAGUGCCAUUGAUAAGCUAUUACAAGAUAUUUGCAAUAACAACUUUCCUUUUGGUGGUAAGGUUAUUCUUAUGGGUGGAGACUUCAGACAAAUACUUCCAGUUGUGAAGCGAGGUCGACCAGCAGAAGUUAUAGAAUCAUGUUUAAAAUGUUCUGAACAUUGGAAAUAUGUGCAAAGGUUCUCAUUAACUGUAAAUAUGAGGGUUCAGAGAGAAGAAGAGGAAUUUUUUAAAUGGCUUUUACAGCUUGGAAGUGGAACAUUACCUGUCAAGCCUGAAGAUCCUUUGCGAGGGUGUAUUGAAAUACCUGAGCAGUGCUUUCUCAAAGAAGCUGAUUAUGCAAAACGUGCUAUUUUAACGCCAACAAAUUUUGAUUCAUUGGCAAUAAAUAAAGAAGUCCUUCAUCGUUUACCCAGUGAUGUGAAAACAUAUUUAAGUUCAGAUAGCAUUGAUACUGAUGAUCUUAAUGAAAUUAAUAACUUUCCAGCCGAGUUUUUAAAUAGUUUGACUCCAUCAGGUAUGCCUGUUCAUUGCCUAAAAUUAAAAAUUGGUGCUGUUACAAUGCUACUUAGAAAUUUAGAUCUCAAAGGUGGACUUUGUAAUGGAACCCGUUUGAUGGUGCGUACAUGA